ACUUUCCUUCAUCCUCUCCUCCCCCCCUUACGCCCUCUCCUUUCCUCCUUCCCCGCGGGUACGCACACUCCUCUACAUGUUACAUCAUGCACCACACACCAUGCACGCAACCCUCCUCUCCUCCUUGCGACCCUCCCCACCCUCUUCCUCGCCAUUCCUUCCUCGCGCUCAACGGAUACACUCUCUCCGCGCCCGGACUACAUCACCCCGAACUCACCUUCCUCUGUCUUUCCCGUCCUCCGCUCCACUCCACUCCACCAUCCCCAAACUCCUCCUUCUCCAUCCCACCCUAACCAUUCCACUCGCCCCGAGCACAAACCCCCUUUGGCCCCGCCUGCCACUUCGCACUCCAUUCCCCUUCCCCAACCCCCUCUCUAACGUCCGCACAAUGCAUCGCAUAACGGUGUAGCCCACCCCCAAUACCCACAUUCCCAAUCGCGCCCUCAUC